CAGCGACCUGUGCUUUAUUUUGCGUUGAUUAAUCUCACUUGUCUGAGAGGGUUAUAGAUUUGCUUUUGCACACGCACGCAAAACUGUAAUGGGGAUAGCUAGCUAUACGUCUAUGGCUCAGACACCAAGUAGCUAGCUAGCUAGCAUGUCGGGCCGACCUGUUCCAUUUAUACAGUAAUAAGUAACGUUUAGUUGCUUAUUGACAGUAUCUUUAAAAGCGCAUGCUUUGGCGUCCUAAUGUUGCAGAGAGAAUUUGCAGCAUCAACAGUCUAUAAAAAAAGGGAAACAGCACAACUCUGAGCAUGGCGAUACCUAUAGCCAUCUUGGACUGUGAUCUUCUCUUACAUGGUAGAGGUCAUAAAACCCUGGACCGUUUUGACCUGGACUCAGUCUCAGACACCUUCCUUCUCACACAAUUUGGCUUCCCCAGAAACUUUAUUCUGUAUCUGGUGGAGUUACUCAGAGAGGCUCUCUGUAGACGUACACAGCGGUCCAGAGCAAUCAGCCCUGAAGUCCAGGUGUUGGCUGCUUUGGGUUUCUAUACAUCUGGCUCAUUCCAGACAUCUAUGGGAGAUACAAUAGGGAUCAGCCAGGCUUCCAUGUCAAGAUGUGUGUCCAACGUGACCAGAGCCCUGGUGGAGAAAGCUCCUCAGUUUAUCACAUUCAACAGAGACCCCUCCAGCAGAGAGCAGUCCUUCCACGAGUUUCAGAGAGUUGCAGGAUUCCCAGGAGUUCUGGGGGUGCUGGACUGUGUUCAGGUUGCCAUCAAAGCUCCAAACAGUGAGGACUCCUCGUACGUGAACAAGAAGGGGUUUCACUCUGUGGGCUGUCAGCUGGUUUGUAAUGCCCAAGGGCUGUUACUCAGUGCUGAAACCCACUGGCCAGGUGGACUCAAAGAUGCUGAUGUUCUAGAAAGAUCUGCUCUCUGCAAACAGCUGCAGGACACAGAGGAGGGCUGGCUGCUGGGUGACCGUCGUUACCCUCUAAAGAAGUGGCUGAUGACCCCAGUCAACUGUCCAGAAUCCCCUGCAGAGUUUCAGUAUAAUGUGGCCCACACUGCUACACAUGAGAUAGUGGACAGAGCCUUUCGAGCCAUUCAGACCAGGUUUAAAUGUUUGGAUGGAACCAAAGGAUACCUACAGUAUUCUCCAGAGAGGAGUUCGUCCAUCCUGCUGGCCUGCUGUGUUCUCCACAAUGCCUCCCUGCAGUCUGGAUUAGACGCCUGGACUCUGGAGAGGACUGACCCUCCAGAGCAGCCCGAGAGCCUGGAACAGAGACCUGAGGACCGUGACAGCCAGGCAGAGGACCUCAGAAAACAGAUCAUACUCAAACACUUCAGCUAAACGUGGCUGGACUCCAGAGUCCAUGUCAAGGUCAAAGAUCAAGACUGGGACCAAAUUAAUGACUCUAGAGUCACAUGUAAAGCAAGAAACUCCACAGACACUGUGUUGCUGAUGCAGUUUUUUAAUAUUUUGCUGGUUUCUACUCUACUGACUACACUAAGAUAACAUAGUAAUAUAUGGAGGAACAUGCAGAACACUUUACAACAAACCGUGACACCAUUAUAUCCAAACACAUUUCGAAUAGCUAAACUCCCUGGAAAGUGCUGGAUUCUGUCUUGACAUUCAAACAUCCUCCAAAUAUUCAUUAACAGGUUGGAACAGCCAAGCACCUCCUGGUGUUUUACAAUUAUUCAAACUGUGUGCAGCUACUGUGUCACCAGGUUUCUUUACAAGUGGGAAAAAAAAUCCCAUUUUUAAUCCCUCCCCCACUGUCUUCCCCAAGAAUCCAUUCAUGUUCUCCAAUUCCUUUCCAUGAGUUCUAAUCUUGGACUGUCACAAUAAAAAAACAAGGCCCUUUAUUUACAACAUCUGCACAUUAGAUCUUUGUUGUUUAUGUACACCGGUGCAUUAAGACGGUUAAGGGUGAGAAUGACAGAGGAUGUUUGUGCAAUAGGCUGCAGUCACAUGGUGUUUGUGUGCAUGAGGAACACAAAAUGAAACAUACAGAGGAAUAAAAAAAAAUCCUGGUUAUUUGUUUUAGAAAUGAAAAUAGUAUCUAUUUUUUCUGUAUAGUUAUUAAUUAUUUCCCCAAGGACUGGGUCAGUGUCUGUUUCAUAACUUCAUUUGAAAGAGUACCAUGACAUCUUUUUGGGAGUGUCACUGUUUUUCCUCACAUUGUCACACAAGUGGUAAAGAAAUAAGAGGUUUUUUAAUGUCGUGGUGUUCCUACAAAGUGUGGAGAGAUCAGACUUAGU